AUGAGGGACUUAAUUCUAGCUCUGACUUUAACCCUUGUGGGGAGUCAGCAUCUUAAUUAUCAACCUGAUUUCAAAGAAAACAAGGUUUACACAUAUGAUUAUGAAAGUGUAUUUCUCAGUGGACUUCCAGACAGAGGACUUGCAAGAGCUGGAAUAAAAGUAAAAUGUAAAGUGGAAAUCAGUGGUAUUGGGCCAAAACUUUGUCUUAUUAGGAUUCAUUCACUUGAAGCAGCAGAAUACAAUGGUAUCUGGCCUAGAGAUCCAUUUGCACGGUCAUCUAAACUGACCCAGGCUCUUUCAGCACAACUCAGAAAUCCCGUCAAAUUUGAAUACAGCAAUGGCCGUGUUGGAAAUCUUAUGGCUCCAGAUGCUCUCUCAGAUGAUGGUCUUAAUUUCUGUCGAGGAUUUCUGAAUAUGCUGGAAUUAACCCUGAAGAAGUCACAGAAUACAUAUAAUUUGCAGGAGGCUGGGAUCGAUGGUGUUUGCAAUACAACCUAUGUGAUUCAAGAAAACAGGAAAGCAAAUCAAAUCUAUGUGACAAAAUCCAAGGACCUAAGCAGCUGUGAUGAGAGAGCUCAGAUGUUUACUGGUGCUGCAUAUACUUGCCAAUGCCCAGCCUGCAGAGAAAAAAACAAGUAUUCACGGGCAACCACUACUUACAAUUACAAAAUCAAAUCUUCCCGUGAGGAGGCUUUAAUUGUGCAAGCUGAUGUCCAAGAAAUCCAUCAGUUCACACCAUUCCAUGAGGUCACUGGAGGGGAUGCUGUAGUAGAAGCAAGGCAGAAGCUGGUACUGAGUGAUGUGGAAAAACACUCCUCAGAAGUCCCAUCAACAGAAUUCCGGAAACGUGGAUCACUUCGGUACCAUUUUGGCAGUGAAUUGCUUCAGCUUCCCGGCCAGUUAUUCAAAAUCAAAAACUUGGAGAGUCAGAUAGUGGAAAACCUGCGGUAUCUGGUAGAGCACACACAUGAGCGGGUUCCUAGUGAUGCUCCAUCAAAAUUCCUGCAGCUUGUACAGCUUUUCCGGGCAGCAAAUGAUGAUAUCUAUGAGUCAGUUUGGAAACAGUUUUCUAGCCGGCCUGUAUACAGGCGCUUGAUUUGGGAUAUAAUUCCUGCCGUUUCCACUCAUAGUGCAAUCAGAUUCUUAAGGCGUACAAUUGAAAGGAAAGAACUCAGUGACCUGGAAGCAGCUCAGGCAGUGCUUGUGGGCCUGCAUUUAAGUACACCAACCCGUGAUGUGAUAGAGGAAGCGGUGCUCAUCCUGAAAAAGGCUCAUUCACGCUCAGAUACUUUACUGCACAGAAUUGCCUAUCUAGUCUAUGGAUCAUUGGUUCAUAAGUACUGCUCCGUUUCGGACUCCUGCCCUGAGUCAGCUCUCCAGCCACUAUAUGAUUUUGCAGCUGAAGCAUCCAGCAGGGCCAAGGAGGAAGAAAUGGUCCUGGCCCUGAAGACCUUUGGGAAUGUAGGACAUCCAACCAUCCUAAAGCGCAUCAUGAAGUUUAUGCCAGGAUAUGCACCUGGUGCUUCUGAUCUCCCAGUCAGGGUUCAAACUAAUGCAGUGAUGGCCCUGAGAAACCUGGCCAAGAGAGACCCACGAAAGGUACAAGAUAUUACCCUGGAGAUGUUCCUAAACCACAAGAUUAAUCCUCAAGUCCGAAUGAUUGCUGCCUUUGUUCUGCUUGAAACCAAACCAGGUCUUCCUGUCUUGGUGACUUUAGCUAAUGCUAUGCUAAAAGAACCUAGCAUGCAAGUGGCAACUUUCAUCUUUACCUCCCUGAGGGCUCUGGGCAGAAGUACAGCUCCGGAUCUCCAAGUCGUGGCCUCUGCCUGCAGAAUGGCUAUCAGAAUACUCAGCCCCAAACUUGACAGACCUAGCUAUCGAUUCAGCAAAGAUUUCCGCCUUAGUAUGUUUAGAGAGUCUCUUAUGAUUGGAAUGGCAGCCCAUUCAUUGACACUGAAUAAUGUAGGCAGCAUAUUCCCAUCAAUAGCAUUGUUCAAAUUGAGGGCCCAUUUCGUUGGACAUAUUGCUGAACCUUUGGAGGUGGGACUGAAAGUUGAAAGACUGCAGGAGAUGUUAGCGAAAAGACACUUACCUGACAGUGAUUCUGACAGUGCAUUUGAUGUGAGGGAAGUUCUGAAAACGCUCUCUGACUGGAAGGCACAGUCCAGUGAUAAACCUUUUGCAUCAGGCUACAUGAAGAUGUUUGGACAAGAAAUCCUCUCUGGUGCACUUGAUAAGGAUUCCAUCCAAACUCUAUUACAGGCAUUGUAUGGACCAGAAGAAAAAAUUCCCUCAAUAAAGAAAUUCAUAAAUCAUCUUCAAAGUGGUGUAGGGACCCAGUGGUCGAAAGCUUUGUUGUCUGCGGAAGUCCGUCGCAUUGUGCCUAUGUGUAUUGGAUUCCCAAUGGAGACAAGCUUGUAUCAUGCUUCUUUCACAAAUGUUGCAGGAAGUGUUCAGGCACAGAUUUCACCAACUCCAAGUUCCGAUUUCAGACUGGCUGACUUACUUAAUGCCAAUAUUAAAGUGCGAUCCAAGCUGACCCUAAGCAUGGUCAAGGACAUGAUCUUUGUAAUGGGAACUAAUACACACCUGUUCCAAGCUGGAUUGGAGGCACAUGCUAAAGCGAAUAUAAAUAUCCCUAUGAACGUUGCGGCUACUCUGAAUAUUAAGGAUAAGAAUUUCAAAUUGGAAAUCCCACCAUGCAGCCAGGAAACUGAUGUUGUUACUCUAAGGUCUAAGACGUAUGCUGUUACACGAAAUCUUGAAGACUUAGCUGCCACUAAGAUGACGCCAGUUCUUCUACCUGAGGCAGUGCCUGACAUAAUGAAGCUGUCCUUCGAUUCAGGUUCCGCAUCAAGCGAGAGUGAUAAAAUAAGGGGUAGACUGUCUUCAGAAAUCAUUUCAACAGGAAACAUCUAUUCAGCUGGACAAUCAUCCCAACAGAAAGUACCAUCUGUUCGUUCCAUGUGCUUCAAUGCAAGUACAUUUGGAGUUGAAAUUUGCGCAGAAAGGAAAAGUGUGAAUGCUGCAUUUAUCAGAAAGGCUCCUCUCUAUUAUCUGGUUGGGGAGAAUGCUUUUAAACUUACCUGCAAACCAGUCCAUACAGGGUCAUCAAUUGAGAAAAUACAAGUAACAAUCCAAGCAGGUGCUCAGGCUGCUGCGAAAAUGGUGCGUUUAGUAAAAUUUGAAGACACAGAAACGGAACUAGCUUCUGGCAAAGAGGCAAUUAAAAAACUGAAGAAAAUCCUUGAUGAUCCCACAGUCCAGACCCAGGAAAAAUCACUCGUUAUCCGAAAAGACAGAAAAUCAUCAUCCAGCUCUAGCAGCAGCAGCAGCAGCAGCAACAGUAGCUCCAGCUCAUCCAGCAGCCAGUCCAGCAGUGAUUCUCAGCGUGACCAGAUAAAUCUGAAGAAGAAAGAUGUAUCUUCCUUUGACGAUUCAUUGGGCCCACCAAGCAAGGAACAGCAGAAGGGGCAUCAAGAACAUGAGCAGAAAGGGCCCCGCAGCAAAGGGCAUUCUAAAACCAAAGGAAAGAAGUUAUCUCCAUUUGGGAAAAGCAGCAGCAGCAUUGAAUGUGAUCUGAUUCUUGUUGAAUCAUUGCAGGCAAUAAUUUGUUUUGGAAUUUUGCAGGAACAGCACGUUCCAGAAAUGUACCGACUCCGCUUCAAGUCCCAUUUGAAUCCAGAUCAGGCGUCGUCAAGCAGCUCAUCAUCAUCAUCUUCCCCUCAGUCAGGCAGCAGCAGCAGCUCCAGCGACAGUACCAGCAGCAGCACCAGAGAGAGUAGCAGCAGCAGCAGGAACAGCAGCAGCCCCAAUUUCCUGGGAGACGUACUUCCACCUGGGCUCACCAUUGUGGCUCGGGCAGUUAGGAGUGACAACAAAAAUCAAGGUUACCAAGCCACAGCAUAUAUUAACUCUGCUGCUGCCAAAGUCGAUAUGCAACUGGUUGUGGUUCAGCUUGCUGAAACUAACUGGAAAGCGUGUGCUGAUUCUGUAGUAUUGCCUCUCAAAGCACAGGCCAGGUUCAGGUGGGGCAAGGAAUGCCGGGAGUAUAGAAUUGAAGCAAGAGCUUCCACAGGCCGAAUUUCAAGGAAUCCAGCUGUACAGGUGAAGCUGGCUUGGACAAAACUUCCAUCCUGGAUAAGGAGGACAACUAUAACAACUAUGGAAUUUGUUCCUGGAAUAGCAUACCUGAUGGGCUUCUCAGAAGUGUAUCAGAAAAAUCCUUCUCAGGAACUUGUAGUAAGAGCAGUUGCAACUUCAUCACGGACAAUUAAUACAGUCAUAAAGGCUCCGGGGCUAACCUUUUACUAUGAGGCUUUCCCACUUCCAUUUGCUUUGCCUGUGAGCCCAGCUCCAGCUUCUCAGGCUCCAGAAGUGACUGCUUGGAAUUUCCUUCCAGAAAUAUCUUCACUGAUAGCUAAAGAAGAUCAAUCCACAUGUGAAGUGAGGGAAGAAAACUUCAAAACAUUUGACAGAGUGAAGUACAAAUGUUCAUUCAAUAAAGACUGCAACCUUGUAGUAGCUCAAGACUGCACUGCUCACCCCAAAUUCAUCGUCAUGACGAGAAAAGUCAAUCCACGCUCUUCCUCCAGGGAGGUGUACAUCAAUAUUAGUUCAUCAAGCGUGAGACUCUAUCUUUCUCCAUCUUCCUCUAUCCUCGUGUCAUACAAUGACGGACCAGUGUUAACGCACAGCAAAAUGUAUCAAAAUAAAAGAGAAAACAUUAAAAUUUAUAGAAAUGAAACAACAGUUGUAGUAGAAGCUCCAGACCAAGGGCUGGCGAAUGUGACUUUUGAUGGAUCGACACUUAAGGUUACUGUUGUUUCAUGGAUGAGAGGAAGGACCUGUGGUAUUUGUGGAAAUAAUGAUGGACAAAAGCAAAAUGAACUCCUCAUGCCCAAUCAUAGGCUGGCACACAGCUGCUCAGCUUUUGUCCAUUCAUGGGUACUGGUAGAAGAAACCUGCGCCGAAGGGUGUAAACUGCAACGCCGCUAUGUGAAACUGAAGGGACAUCCUGUUAUUGAUGGAAGGGAAUCUACAUGUUACUCUGUUGACAGGAUACUGCAGUGUAUGAAAGGCUGUACUCCAACUGAGAAAACCUCAGUUAAAGUUGGCUUCUCCUGUUUCCCAAAAGAUUCUGCUGUGAGCCUGUCUGACUGGCAUAGGGGCAGUGACAGGAAAUAUGCAGCCGAGGACAUCGUGGAGUCUGUGGAUGCUGACAUUGACUGUUCCUGCACUGACGAUUGUAGUUCAUCUUAA